UUUUCCCAAAUUUUUGCAUCUACUUGAUACUUAUUUUUGUCCAUUUUAUGAAUGGGCAAGUCAUAUCCGAUGAAAAUUACCCAAUGUCCAAAUCGGAAACCCCAGUCGAAAAAAUGACACAUUUGCACUUCUUCUUCCAAGACAUAGUUAGUGGAAAACGGGCAACCGCCAUCCAAAUAGCGGGUCCAAACACCCCUUAUCCUAAUGCUUUCGGGGUGAUGAAUAUGGCGGAUGAUCGGUUGACGAUUCGAGCGGAUCGCAGGUCAGAAGUCAUUGGUCGGGCUCAAGGACUUUACGGGUUUGCAUCAAAGCAAGAGGUUUCGUUGCUAAUGGUUAUGAAUUAUGUGUUUACAAAGGGGAGGUACAAUGGGAGUAGUAUUACUAUUGUUGGAAGGAACCCUCCCAUGCAAGAUGUUAGGGAGAUGCCUGUUAUAGGUGGAACCGGGCUUUUUAGAUCAGCCCGUGGGUAUGCUUUGGCCCAUACUGUUUGGUCCAAUCCACGAGGAGAUGCUACUGUAGAGUAUCAUGUUUAUGUAAACCACUAUUGAAUUAUUUCUUCUUUAGAUCAUUGAUUAUAUACUAUAUGGUAUAAGACUUUUACUAUGUAUUUAUUAUUUGAUUCAUUGAAUCAUCAUUAUUUAAGUUGAUUCUUGUUUUCA